AUGGACGAAGAGCUUGAGAGCUUUCUGACAGCACAUCAGGAGUAUGGACAUUUCAACAAUACGGUAUUAGUAUCUCAAAGCGACGAAUCAAUAUUCGCUCGAGGUUACGGCGAAGCGGUCCGUGAGCAUGGCAUACCGAAUGCUGUGGAGAUCAAGUCGCUGGCAGUGACAAAGUGGAACACUGGCGCGCUCGUCGCUCUGGCUUCGCUUUAUUGGAACCGAUAUAUCCCGCGCGCGCGGUCUCCCCGCACUCUCAUCUACAAGUGGCGAUUAGAGCAGGAGUAUAACAUGAAAGCCAAAAACGGCGGGAAGGGGAUGAAUGACGAAGCUGUCAAGGCGUUCGUAGAUCGGUACAUCCCCGGCUACAUGUUCUUCCAGGUUGGUGUAACAGAAGGUACCCAUAAAGGGAUACGUGAUCCCACGACGGGGGAGCGCAUCGCUCCCCCGUGGGUAGGCAAGGGCCCCCGCGUGCUCAUCGGAGAGGAGAGGCAGGUGGUGGGCACGGAGGCCCUGGCGUUCUAG